AUGAUCGAUAAGAGAUGUGCUGAUGGAACUUCAACUUGUGACAAUGGGAAUAGCAAAGCACAGACCUAUCACGCAACAGGAAAAUGGCAGUCAUUAUUGACAGUUGAAAUGGGUAUUAAGAUUCGAACACCCAUGGGCAAGUACCUCAAGUAA